CAAAAUAAGUUUUAAAAGCGAAAUAAUUUCAGACAGUGUAAAAAUAAUACAAAACUUAGUCGAGGAAGAAUAUCAAUUUUAACUAGAAAAUUAUCUUAAAUAAAAAAGGAACGGAUAUUGUUUUUCUUACAGAAUACAGAAAAUGUUCAACUGAGAGUCGAGUUUACAAAGAAAAGCAUGACCAGGUGUACAACAACACUUGCGGCCAUGUAUUUGUCUGUGACAUUAUUACUGGUGUAUGUUCCUGUGAUCCAUACCACAGAGGCUAUCUCACAAUCCCAGCAACAACUGGUUUAUCUACUACAUAACAUUUUCAAGGUAAAUACCGGCAUGGAACAAACUUUGAAUGGUUUAUUGCAAGCAGAAAAGAAUGUGUCAGAUGACGUGAACGUGCCACCCGGCGUUACUAUCAGUCCGCUGAUGAAUAUUUUACUAAUGGCGGUGAAGAAUCUACAGUUUAGUCAGCCUCAUGUAAAUGUUUCAAGCACACCCGAGAGAAACACCUCCCUACCGUCAAGUGGAGAUAUCAUGUCUGCGCUCAGUAACAACCCGCUCGUCAAUGACGUCAUAAGCAUCGUGACCAAACAGAUUAUAACAGCGGUAGCAAAUAACGUUACGGUCGGGACUGAUUUAACGUCAUUGCUUGGUGUAAUUAAACCAGUAGACAUAGUAAAGACUCUCCUGACGACACAUUCGGCACGUGCAGUCAUUCCAAAUCAACCAAGUGGUCACGUGAAUGACGCUUGUUAUCGGGACUUAAUGGACACGUUUGAUUCUCUUGUUGCAACCAAACCAUGGGCAAUACAGAUGUUGGAUGCGCUGGGAAAACCUGCUUCAGGGAUAGAGAGGGGACAUUUCUACUUUGUCGGGGCUUAUGAUCAGUGUUAUCAAACAAAACCACACAUCGACAGCGGGGAUGUUAUAGGCAACGUUAAGCAAACUAUGUCACGUGACUUUGGUACACGGUUUUGUAGAACGGAUAUUACCAUUCCUCAAUCAUUUAUAGAUUCCCUGCACGUGGACACUCACGGCGUACACUUGAAACUGACCUUGGGACUUUGUUUGCCUGACACAUGUCACCUUAGUGACGUCUAUGGCUUCCUAAAGCUAGAUACUAUUGAGAAUUUAUCUCCGCCAGAACUGGAGUCAGGAUUCUGUUAUGACGAGGAAGAUAUAACGUCCGACAGCUCAGCUAUUGCUGCCAUUUGCGUGUUAUCUGUUUUCGGUGCAUUAAUUCUGUUUGGCACAGCUUAUGACAUUUAUAAAGCAAGUCGGACAUCAGACGAGGCUAGCCGUAGAGACGUUACCUAUAUCAACACAGACGUUAAUAACGUCAAUACAGCACCACAGAACUCCUCACAUAUUACAGUUAUGGAAAACAAGACAGAGAUAAUUUUACCAGCUGGUUACAUGCCGCAUAAAGAGGGUGCAUGCCCCUUGCCAACAGUUAGUAAUGGCAAUCUACAAAACGGAUUAAGUGAAACAGAAAAGAAUUACACACAACAAGCGAGGCAUACUAAACAGGCUUCAAAAAGAAAAGAUUCUCUGGCAGGUCGAUUGAUCGUCUGUUUUUCACUGUACACAAACGUUCCUAAACUUCUCAGUGCGAAAUCCAGUUCCGGAUCUAUUACUUGUAUACAUGGAAUACGCUUCCUGAGUCUUACCUGGGUGGUCCUAGGUCACACCUACAAUUAUGGAAUAAUUUCUCAAGACGAGGCGUUUACAGCAGACAAUUUGUUGGAUUUCAUUCCAAUUAUGCAAAGGUUUACUUUUCAAGGCGUAGUGGCAGGAGGUUUUGCUGUCGACACUUUCUUUGUUCUCAGUGCGUUCUUGUUGACAUGGUUACAGUUGAAAGAGACGUCCAAAAAGAAGAAGAAAUGCACGGUGUCUGAUGGUGUAAUGUAUUACUUUCAUCGUUUCUGGAGAUUAACUCCAAUUUACAUGCUAGUUAUUAUGUCGUUUGCAUGUUUUUACCGGUAUCUGGGUUCCGGUCCGUUCUGGCCAAGUACAAUAUGGGCUGCAGAGCACUGUAAGACAGUCUGGUGGACCAACCUGCUGUAUGUGAAUAAUCUUGUUGAAAAUCACGCUCAGUGUAUGGGAUGGACGUGGUACCUGGCUAAUGACAUGCAGUUUUACGUUAUUUCACCAAUAUUUCUUAUAUUCAUGUACAUAAUCCCAGUUGUCGGAACAGUUUUAACAACCUUGUUGCUGUGUAUGGGUAUUGGCAUAGCAUUUUGGAAAGAAUACGAAAUUAACGGGAAUUUCUUUACAAUGAAAUCAGACGAUGGAGCAUUUUGGAACGAAGUCUAUACUGUACCGUGGUGUCGUGUUGGGUGUUGGGCAGUUGGAAUGCUUCUUGGUUUUCUUAUAUACAAAAGAGACAGAAAACCUUUACGCAAUAAGAGCCUGGCCUAUCUCGGUUGGCUGGUCAGCACGGCUGUAGCGCUAGCUUUAGUAUACUCGACAUACAGCGAGAACAAGGAAGACGGUACGGAGUGGACAAACACACAACGAGCGUUCUAUGAGGCGUUUGGCAGACCCGCCUGGGGACUGUGUGUAUCAUGGGUGAUUUUUGCUUGCUAUAAUCACAUGGGUGGUCUAGUUAAUUCAAUUUUAUCAUGGAACGGUUUUAUACCUCUGUCACGUCUCACGUAUGCCGCCUAUCUCGUGCACCCAAUCUGUAUGAUGAUAUACGUGUUCUCUAGGAGAACGAUGCUACAUGUCAACGAUUAUAAUAUUAUUUAUUUAUACCUGGGUCAUCUUUGUGUAACAUACAUGGUGGCUUUCGUGUGUUCAGCAGCAUUUGAAGCACCAGCAAUGUCCUUGGAAAAAAUUUUGUUCCGCCGAGGCAGACGAAGCUAACAGACGGAAGACAAAUGUUGUUAAUAAUUUUGUCAAAUGUGGCCAGAAACGUCUGUUUUCAAUUUGUUUGCUGAAUAGUCAUAAAUAGACAAAUUGUGUUGUGUCUGAAAAUGGAACCAUAAGUCGGCAGGGUCGCUGCGAUAACUGAAGUAACAGUGAAGCAACACUUCCGGAGAGUAUCUGAGCUGUGAUAAAUUGUACAUACGUCUAUGUUACUGUUGUAAAUAAAGAUAAUAGUUAUUUCUUAUUAUGAAUGUAUUUCAAAGUCAUUUUGCAUGCAAUGCGAAAAUAUUUCUGUUAUUUUCAGAAAAACAUGAAACAUUUGUCAUAUUUCUCGUAUCAAAUGUUGUCUUGAGUUUUUAUGAGCAAAUAUAACUUACGGUUACUUGAUCCUGUUUGGGGCAUAUACAAAGUCUUAGAUAUGUUGAUAGUAUACGCAUUGUGCAAGUUUCUCAGAGCAACAACAACAACACUAAAUGUUACAGUUGCUGGUAACAGUUAUCAUGCAAACGAUCAAUGAUGUUAUGUUUAUAGAACAUGCUGCAGUAUAAAGUUAUGACUUGGGUUUUAUUUGACUGGUCACCAUAUUUUGACUGGCACUAAAAGUUGAAUACAAGUUUCACUUAGUGGUUUAAUAAAAUAAAAAAAAACUCAUUCUAGCAGAGGAAACCACGGUAGUUCACACUGCUAGCAGAAUUCUGCCUAAAUACCUUAUAUAGACCCAAUGUACAUCAUUGUUUUAUUAUUUAAUAACCUUACUUGGAUUUUUUUCUUUCGUUUAGUUUCAGGUUUUAAUGCGAAUGUGUAAUUUUGUUUUGAUAUGUCAAGGGUCGUGUAACUCGUUUCUAGUACUUUUUUACUGAAACUUGUUGUAAAUUUGUAAUAUACAUUGAUCUGACAAUAGUAUUUAAUAAAUAUGUAAAAUGCCAAAUA